GAAACUCAUGGCAACUCAUGGCUCACGGGACUCUGGGGACUCUGGACCAUCUGGACUGCUCCGGACUGACGGGACACGGGAUCUGAUCAGGAAAAAAAUGGUGGUUACUGGGGACGAUCAUCGUGACAACGCGGAAGUAGAUGUCACAGAAAAUAUGGAUAACAGUCAGCCCAAUGGUGAACUGGUCCUGAGAACCGAACAAAAUAACGAGACAGACGCAAACGUGGAGAAUAACGAACAAAGGCAGAAGGCACAGCAAUCGCGCUUAGAAUCAUUCUUUGCCAUAACAAAAUCGUUGAUAAUACGAGCUCUCAUAAUUUAUUUUAUUAGCAGCCUCUUUAGACGCUCCGAUAAUAAUCCGAAGUCUCCCAACGCCGUUGGCGAUGUGCGCUUACAAGCUGUAAAUAUAUUUUCGAAUGGAACGUUAUUUGACCUUAGUGUUUAUCUGUCGGAGUCCGAGAACUUUAAAAGGUUUGACGAUCCGCGAUCUUUGAUUUGGUUCGAAGAGGGUUUGAUUUAUGGGGAUUGGUAUAGCGGACCGAAUCGAGACGGGUCCAGAGUUCUCGAGCACAUGUUUAUUCCUUCCGAGCGAUUAAAACAAAACGGCUCGAUCUACCUUCACAUAUACAUAACGAAAAGCGGGAAAUCGCCGAAUCCCAAAGCUGGCAAAGGCGUUUACGCUGGUGACUAUAUGUCUUACUCAAGAAAAAUGUUGAAUAAGUUUAAGAAAAUUAGGUAUCAGAAGAGGCACAACUUGUUGACUGGUGAAAGUACAGCCAGUAAGGAGGAGAUGGCGAAAGCUGAGCUAAUGGAUCAAGAAUAUGUGUCGCAUUGGCAUCCAAAUUUGACUGUUAAUUUAGUGUUUGAUGAAACCAAUUGGGUGUAUGGUCAAGUACCGCAGCCAUUGGACGAAUAUAUACAUUUCUUACCCGGCGGGAAUUCUUACAAGCCGAUACUAUAUAUGAAUGAUUUUUGGAACAUGCAGCGGGACUAUCAACCGUUAAAUAAUACCGUAGAACAAUUGGAACUCAGGUUGACUUACCAGCCACUUUCGUUGUUUAAAUGGCAAAUAUACGCGGCUCAGUCCGUUAGAAAUAAAUGGACGUCGUCGUUCAUGGGAGAAGCAUCUGACGAUGAUGAUAACGAUCAAGACACUCUGAAGGAAACUUUACUGGAAACGAAUCCAUAUUUACUAGGAUUGACUAUUAUUGUAUCGAUCUUGCAUAGUGUGUUUGAAUUUUUAGCAUUUAAGAAUGAUAUCCAAUUCUGGAACAACCGAAAAUCCUUGGAGGGUUUGUCGGUGCGCUCUGUAUUUUUCAAUGUAUUCCAGUCUCUCGUUGUUCUCCUCUACGUUCUAGACAACGAGAUGAACACGCUUGUGCGUAUUAGCUGCGCGGUAAGUCUGUGCAUCGAGGUGUGGAAGAUCAACAAAGUUAUAGACAUUAACGUCAAUAGAGAAGUGAAAAUACUCGGAGUUUUUCCGAAGAUAUCAUUCCAAGAUAAGGGAUCGUACGUGGAGUCUUCUACGAAGGAGUACGACAGACUCGCCUUCAAAUAUCUCUCGUGGGCUUUGUACCCUCUGCUGGGAGGAUACGCCAUUUAUUCUUUAAUGUAUUUGGAGCAUAAGGGAUGGUACUCUUGGAUUCUCAAUAUGUUGUAUGGAUUCUUGUUGACUUUCGGAUUCAUCAUGAUGACACCGCAGCUAUUUAUCAACUACAAAUUGAAGAGCGUCGCGCACCUUCCAUGGCGUAUGCUGUCGUACAAAUUCCUGAACACGUUCAUCGACGAUAUCUUUGCAUUUGUGAUAAAGAUGCCGACGUUGUACAGGCUCGGCUGCUUCCGCGACGACAUUGUUUUCUUCAUAUUUUUGUAUCAAAGAUGGAUAUAUAAGAUCGAUCACACCCGAGUGAACGAGUUUGGUUUCUCCGGGGAGAUGGAGGCGCAGCUCGUGGAAAGUAAGAAGCAGGUAGCUGUCAAAGACCAUCCGUCAAAGGACGGAUCGGCGAAAAAGAAUGAAUAAUACUUGAUGCGCAUAGAUUUAGCAUUAAGUACGUUGUAUUCUACGUUGCCCCGAAUUAAUAAAAUGUCCGAUACCAAAGGAAUAUAAUUACACACAUCAAUAAUUUAUUUAUACAAAUUUCCGCAUAAUUGUGUGUGUGCGUGCGUGUAGAUGUAUAAUCUAUUUCCGAAGCUACGUUUCCUUAUGCAACGACGCUUGACAAAAGAGGAGAGGCAAGGGUAGAAAUAAAUUCUCUUACUGGAACUUAAAAUAUGCGGAGAUGCGCGAAGAGAUGAAAACGAACAAACGGUACACAAAUGCGUAUAAGAAACAUAGCUGAGAUAGCUUGUCAUGGAUCCAUGGAUGUAUCUCGCGAUCCUCAGAACAAGCUAUAAAUGUAGGUAGUAUGCUCACCAAUGUUAUCAUUCGUGUAAAUGUUUGAUCGCGAGGUAGGCACUUCCAAUGUACUGUGUGAGCACGGAAAACGCCGUUCUACCGAUUUGGAUGUUCAGCCAAAUGUCGAAAAGAAAAAAGAAAAAAAAGCCCAAUGAGGAUCAACGAUUUCAGACAAUGUUAGCAAUAGCAUUCGCAUUAUCGGGCGAGAUGUUGCUACAAAAUAAAAUUGAUUUAAUUAUCAUACAUUACACAUGUAUCUUUUCUUCUGAGUGACAAAUUUGAAUCCUCUUCAUUCGUAUCGCGACAUUUUAUAAGAUUACGCAAGGGGAGAGGAGAGAUGCGCAUUAAAUGGUUCCUUGUAAGCGCCAGCAUUCAGAAGCCUGUGUAACAGGAGAAGGGGGGGGCAGGAGAUCGUGUUUCACUAAUGCCGACGUUAGUAUUACAAAUUACAUUUAAUGUUAUAUUUUAUAUUUUGUUAGAGUAGUCAUAUAAUUAUCUACCGCCGACUUACUGUCUAUAUUUUGACAAUGUACAUUACAUAUCCAUUACCGUAAUAUAAGUAAUAUAAGUACUUGUUUCCGAAUGAGAUUGGUUUGUAGCGUAAUUUGUGAGCAUCACCGCACGCCAAGGUUUGCGAUGCCAAGGUUUUAAACGCGGCUCUUCGGGCUAAGGUCGUUACGUGCGGUCGCGGAGAUAUUCUGCAGCAUCACUCUGGAAAAUUGAGAGUAUUCGAGAAUAGAGAUACACGGCAGUCGUACGUAUUAUUAACACGACGCGCCGAUGCCGUUUAGACUGUAAAAAUUAUCGUUUAUAAUAAAUAUAGAUGAUUCCUCCUA